AUGGCCACCUUCAGACUGUCACUCAUUCUCCUUCUAGAAACAGCUGUCUGCAGCUGGUGUCUGGUUCUGGUGAACCCAGGUGUGCAGGUCCUUAGAGGUGGCUCAGUCUUCAUCACAGAGUCGGACCUGAACAUCAGCGCAGAUCCAAACACUGACUGUAAAGUGGAGGUGGUGAAAAACGAGCCGAUGACCCAGAGAGUCGGGAGGCUAACCCCACAGAUGUUUGACUGCAGGUUCCUGUCAGACGAGGUCCAAUAUGUUCACAAUGGCAGUCCUCUGCUAGACCAGGACUUGGUUAAGCUGAGAGUCUACAGGUUCACAUCCUCAGACACCCUGGUGGAGACGAUGAGCAUCAAGGUCCAGGUGCUGAACUUAGGGUCCGGUAUGGUGGAACUGGGCAGUACGCCGCUGGUGGUUCCUCAGUUCUUUGGUUUGUCAAACACCAUUAACAGCUCAGUGCUGAUCAUCAGGAAUCAGGGAGACCUGGUCUGCACUGUCAGGCUGAUGAGCGGAGACACAAACGUCCCAAUGGUGGGUCAGCUAGUCCGAGAGGACAACCAGCAGAGGAAGGGACGACAGGCAUCGGGGUUCUGUCCCGGGAACAAACCAUGUCUCCACGAUACCACAGAGGUCCCCUUCUUGAAAACAAGCUGCCAGGACUUCCUGAGCUUGGGUCUGAAAUACCAGCACCUCAGUCCUCCAUCCCCACAGAUGGACUUCAUCCCCCUCAGAGUGGAGCUAAGGGAGGAAACCACCAGGACCCUGCUGCAGUCAGAGGCAGUAUGGCUGCCAGUUCUGAUCCACGGUGCCAUGCAGAACCAGCCUCCCCGGGCCAGCUUCAUGGCCUCUUCCAUCCUAGAGGUGGACCAGUUCAUCCUGACCCCCCUGAGCACUGCUACCCUGGACGCCGUGGACCAAGAGACGCCACAGGACCGGCUGGUGUUCAAUGUGACCUCCCCACCUGCAGAUGGAUUCAUCACCCACAUGGAUGACCACACAAAGCCUGUCCAGUCCUUCACCUGGCUGGACCUGAACCACAUGAAGGUGGCCUACCAGCCCCCAAACAGCAGCCACAGCCACCGCAGGAACUACCAGGUGGAGUUCCAGGUGAUAGACGAAUCCUUUCUGAGCAGCUCGCCCAUCAUGGUCCACCUCUCCAUCCGGUCGUCAGAUACUAAUGCACCUAGAGUCUCCUGGAACAUGGGUCUGGACCUGCUGGAGGGUCAGUCUCGACCACUCACAUGGCAGCAGCUGCAGAUUGUUGACAAGGACAACAUUGAUGCUGUUUACUUGGUGGCUGUGGACGGACCUCUGCAGGGAUGGCUCAGUGUCAGAGGUGGGAAGGCCUUCAUGUUUCGUGUGAAGGACCUGCAGGAGGGCGUGGUUGUUUAUCACCACUUUGACAGCGACUCCACCCGUGACCACAUCAUCUUCCGCAUCAGCGACGGCCGCCACAGCAUCCGUCACAGGUUCCCCAUCAACGUUCUGCCGAAGGAUGACUCCCCGCCUUUCCUCAUCAACAAUGUGGCCGUGGAGGUGCAGGAGGGCGGGGCUGUGCGGCUCCAGGAGUACAUGCUGCUGGCCUCCGACCUGGACUCCAGCGAUGACCACAUCCUGUAUCGGACAGUCUCCGCUCCCCGGGCAGGGCAGCUGGUACGGAAGAGCUCCGCCCACAAGACAGCUGUACCAGUGGACAGCUUCCUGCAGAGAGAGCUGAUCCAGGGUCAGAUCUUCUACCAGCACUCAGGAGAUGAGGUGUUCGAGGACUCCUUCGACUUCAUGCUGUCAGACAGCCACCAGCCGCCCAACCUGUCGCAGCCAUACACAGUGGUGGUCCAUGUAUUCCCGGUGAAGGACCAGCUGCCUGUGGAGGUUCCCGGCACCACCCGGUCUCUGGUGGUGAAGGAGACUGAGGUGGUUUACCUCACACAGAACCAGCUGCACUUCACAGACAGAGAGAACCCAGAAGCUGACCUGACCUUCGUCAUCACUCAGCCCUGCUUCAGCCCGCACAGACCAGGACUGAUGGACGCAGGACGUCUGUUCUACACCGACAGUACCAGCGCCAUGAAGAAGGACCACAUGGUUCCAGUGUUAAAAUCCUUCACUCAGCAUGCAGUGACACACAUGAAGGUGGCCUUCAUGCCUCCUGUAGAGGACAUCGGACCUGACCCUCUGUUUGUCCAGUUUGUCUUCUCGGUGAGCGACCCCACUGGGGGAAUUGUGUCUGGCCUGGUCUUCAACAUCACCGUGACCCCUGUGGACAACCAGGCCCCUGAGGCUUUCACCAACGUGCUGCGGGUGGAGGAAGGUGGAGCGGCCUUUGUGACCGAGGAGCACCUCCUGGUCCAGGAUCGGGAUAGUCCUGAAGAGUUGCUGAGAGUGAAGGUUCAGAGUAUGGUCCGUCAUGGUCGGUUAGAGCUGCAGGGACGAGUUCUGCUGCAGGGAGACCAGUUCUUGUUGCCAGACCUGAGAGGACUACGGCUCAGAUAUGUCCACGAUGACUCGGAGACCACGGAGGACAAGGUGGGUCUGGAGGUGCUGGACGGUUUGAACUCUGCUGACGUUGUGCUGCAUAUUCAGGUCUUUCCGGUAAACGAUGAGCCUCCCCAGCUGGGUGGAGGUCUGAGGGCUCAGCUGAGCUGUGAGGAGGGGGGGCGGGUCCAGGUGACGGUGGACUACCUGUCAGCUACUGACCGGGACAGUGACGACUCCAGACUGACCUACAUGUUGGCACGAAGCCCCGGCAGAGGGGAGCUGCAGAGAUCCGGACUGAUGGCGGACAAGUUCUCCCAGCAGGACCUGCUGCAGGGUCAUGUCUACUACGUCCACUCAGGUGCAGAGAUUGGGCCGGACCCCGUGGUCGACACCAUCACCUUCAUCAUCUCUGACAGCGAGGCAGGAGGAACGGAUGGCUGUUGCCAUGGAGACGCCCCACCUGUUCCUCUCCACGGGACACUUCCUGUUUAUGACUUGAACGUCACCAUCCUGCCUGUCAACAACAAGGUUCCCUCUGUCACUCUGGGUGAGUCCAUGUUGGUGGUAAAUGAAGGAGCCUCCGUCUGUUUGUGUGGGGCGGUUUUAGGAGCUUCAGACCCAGACAGCCCCACUGAGGACCUGACCUUUCAGCUGGAGACUCCUCCCCUACAUGGCUUCCUGGAGAACACACUGCCAACGCCAGGUUCUGAGAAGAGCAACGCUGGAGUUCGGGUCGAAUCCUUCAGCCUCGUCCACCUGACUUCAGGCUUCAUCAACUACGUCCAAUCAGAGUGCAAAGGGGCGGAGCCAACUGUAGAUCAGCUGUCCAUCAGUGUGAGUGAUGGGCUGCACAGCUCCGCCCCCAUUCAUUUCUACAUCAUCAUCACACCAACCAAUGAUGAGACUCCUACACUGUGGAUCGCCAACUUUAGCGUAACUGAAGGCGGGAUGACGGAACUGACUCCAUCCAUACUGGACGGCUCAGAUCUGGAUGUCCCCUCGGACCUCCUCACCUUCACAGUUGAAAAGCCCCCGGCCCACGGCAGACUCAUUAACGGCAUUCAUGGAGCCGAACUGAGCCGAUACAAGAAGACGGGGACCGAGCAACUCCAGAGGAACCUCCACAUCACCUCCUUCACCUUGCAGGAACUAAAACAAGGCAUGAAGAUCAUGUAUGUGCACGAUGACACGGAAACCCUGGAGGACACCGUGCUGCUGCGGCUGACAGAUGGUGUCCACACGGUGGAGGGGACGGCUCGGGUCACCGUGCUGCCGGUCAACGACAACAAACCACAACUGCUCAAGAACACGGGGCUGGACGUGAAGUCCGGUGAGCACAGAGUGAUCUCCAGCCUGGUUCUGGAAGCUGAAGACCUGGACACGCCCCCAGAUCAGGUGUACUACGUCCUGAAGGCUGCACCAAGGUUUGGAGGGCUGCAGCUGAAGACGGAGUCGGGUUGGAUCCAACUCUCAGCCGGUCAGAACUUCACUCAGGAUGAUGUGGACCUCAACCGGCUCUGGUACAAACACACUGCCGGGGUCAAAGGUCACGACAGCUUACGCUUUGUCCUCAGCGAUAUGGACAACGAGUCUCCGGCUCAGAUCUUCUUCAUCUCUGUCCACACGGUGCACAAAGGUGACAUUGUGCUGCAGAGCAAGGCAGUACACCUGAGGGAGGGGCAGCGGGUCGUCCUCAACACUGACAUCCUGCUGGCAUCAGACCUGGCGGGUCGGCCGGAGGAGCUGGUCUUCACAGUGUCGGUACCGCCUCAGCACGGCCUCGUGCAUGCCGUCCAGCAGCCGGGGGUCCCGCUGACUAGCUUCACCCAGCUGGACGUGGCCGCUCACCAAGUGUGCUACACUCACAACAACGAGCACAACGCAGGAAGUGACUCCUUCAGCUUCUUCGUCACAAACGGUGACACCUCCCUGAACGGCUCGCUCCUCUUCACCGUCCAACAUGGCGACCGUGUCCCACCAACCCUGACCCGUAACGCCGGCCUCCAGCUGCAGGACGGCUCCACCGCCACCAUCACCUCCGCCAUGCUGCAGCUCACCGACCCCGACACCGCGACCUCCGACCUGAGCUUCGUGGUGACGCGGCUGCCCCGCCACGGCCAGCUGCUGCUGAGGGGGGUCCAGCUGUCAACAUCUGGCAGCUUCUUCCAGACCGACGUGGACCAGCUGAGUCUGGUCUACAGACACGCGCCGGGCAGCCGGGCGGAAGUCGACGCCUUCCACUUCCUGCCGAGCGACGGCAGCAACAGAGGAUACCUGGAGUUCAGCCAGCUGAGGGCGGAGCCUGCAGUGUUCACCAUCCAGGUGGAGCACGUGGACCGGGCCCCUCCCUGUCUGACGGGCCUGCAGAGUCCCAGCACCGUGGUGGAUCUUGGUUCUGGACGGUUUGGUCUCUUCAUCAGCAACAAGAACCUGCAGGCCUCGGAUCCAGACAGUCUAACAGAACAUUUGGAGUUCUCCAUCAGCAGACCACCUCAGUUUGGGUACCUGGAGAACGUUGGCACAGGGGCCUUCAUCAGAAGCCGCUUCACCCAGCAGGAUCUGGAUCUCAGAGACGUGGUCUUUGUUAUCCCGCCAGACCUGGAGGAGACAUCUGACAGCUUUGAGUUCCGUCUCAGAGACCCGGCAGGAAACUCUUCUCCUCCUCAGAGACUGGAGCUGUUCUGGUCCCGGGUCCAACUGUCCGCGAGCUGCUACAGAACCUGCGAGACUUCAGGGACGCUGCAGAUCCAGGUGCAACGGAGCGGCAGGAGCAUGGACCCGGCCUAUGUCUCCAUCCAGGUGGAGAACGGGUCGGCCACAGAGGGCAGAGACUUCACUCACAGCUCAGCCGGUCUGGUCCAGUUCGACCCAGGUGUGACCGUGAAGACCUGGAACAUCUUCCUGGUCGAUGACGGUCUGGAGGAGAACCACGAGACAUUCAGGGUCCAGCUGAAAACCCCUCAGAACUCGGUUCUGGGACAGAGAACGUCUGCGACUGUGGAGAUCCUGGACCCCAGGCGAGGAAGGUGUGAUCCAGAGGAGGACCACCAGCCUUCUCCUGGACCUCCUCGCCUCCCUGACCCCCGUCAGCCAGAGGAGGACCCAGUCAUGGACAUCGAGGCAGAACUUCUGUGGGAGAACCAGCACCACCCUCCCAGAGGAGACGUCCCAAAUCGCUGGUUGUCCCUGGACUACAGAGGAGUGGAGCCCCAGGAUCAGCCGGACCCUCAGGACAGAGAGACCCACGUCCACAGGGGGGGCCAGCUGAGACCGACUCCUGGAAGUUCUGAGCUCAAAGGAGGAGGAGGACAGGAAACGGCCCGGUCCAUCAGCAACUUGUGUCCCGAUGGUUGGACGUUCUACAGAAGACGCUGUUACAUCAUCAGUCCAUCUGUGGCCAGCUGGGCCAGCGCCGACAGAACCUGCUCCCAGCUCUUCAACAGCAGCCUGAGCAGCGCUCAUUCCAGGAGAGACGUCAGCUGGAUGUGGAGGUUCACUGGAAAGAACCCAUUCUGGAUCGGUUUGUCUGGAGGUCUGGACUCCUGGAUGUGGGCUGAUGGUUCUGCUGUCAGACUGAAGGGGCCGGCUGCUGGUUCAGACUGUGUCCUGGUCGAAAACCCCAGAAGAUGGGUUUCUACAGACUGUUCAGCUGAAACUGAGCACUCGUUCAUCUGUUCUUCUCCUCUUCAGACCCUCUGA